AUGGGGCCCUGCUGCUGGACCCAGUGCUUCGGACACCUCCGCAAGGAAGCGGGACGGCUCCAGCGGGGAGGCGGCGGCGGAGGGUCAAAGUAUUUUAGGACAUGCCCAACAGGAGAGCAUUUCAUUGUAGAGUUUGAAAAUCUAGUAGAGAGUGAUGAAGGGGAAAGCCCAAGAAGUAGUCAUAGGCCCCUUACUGAGGAAGAAAUAGCUGACUUAAGAGAGAGGCAUUAUGAUUCUAUUGCUGAAAAGCAGAAAACAUUUGAUAUGAAAAUUCAAAGAGAGUUAGCCUUACAAGAAGAGAAGUUAAGACUAGAAGAAGAAGCUUUAUACGCUGCACAGCGUGAAGCGGCCAGGGCAGCAAAGCAGCGAAAGUUCUUGGAGCAAGAAAGGCAAAGGAUUAUGCAGCGAUCUCACCAUUCCAACACUGGAGAAUAUCAAAGUUCAGGGGCAGAAGAAGACUUUGAAUCCUAUUUGAGAAAUAUAAAGUCACAAUAUGAAGUUUUUCGAAGUAGUAGACUUUCCUCAGAGGCCGCAGUUUUGACACCAAACACAGAAAGUAGUUGCGACUUAAUGACCAUAAUAACCAAAUCAACGAGUGGAAAUGAUGACAGCACAUCCUUAGAUCUAGGGUGGGAAGAUGAAGAAGGAAUGAAUAGAAUGGUCCCAUUGAGAGAACGUUCCAAAACCGAAGAGGAUAUUCUAUGGGCUGCAUUAAAAUACAGCAGCAAGAAGACUGGAAGUAAUCCUACCUCAGCUUCUGAUGAUUCUAAUGGGCUGGAAUGGGAGAAUGAUUUUGUUAGUGCCGAAAGGGAUAACAACGGCAAUUCAGAAUAUUCUGGGUUUGUGAAUCCUGUUUUAGAACUGUCUGCCUCUGAGUUAAAAAAAUCUGAAACAGAUCAGCAAGACAGAUAG